GUGUGUGUAUGUGUGUGUGAAAGAGAGAGAGAGCGUAAUCAGAAAGGACUAAUCCACCCUCUGAUGAGUCACAGAACAGGCAGAGGGGAAAAGGCAACAUCAGCUUUCCAAGCAGAGAAAGAAGACAGAGCUUGAGCUAGCCUGAGGCAUAGCCAGCCGGAUCCCAGCGAAGUUUCAUUGCUGUUUGGUUUCAAAUCUCCUGGUUUGAAAAGAAAAGUCGCUUUGGUGAAGCAGAGGUUUGACUGAUUCGGGCUCUCACAAGCUGACGUUAAAGGGUAUGUGAGACAGGACCCUGUUUGUGAGGUUAUGAGGCUGUAAUUGGUACAAGUUGCUGGAGUCUUUUGGAGUCAUUCAGGAAAAUCUGUCUGGGGAGAAUUUGCUCUUUUUUUAAACUCCCUCUCCACCUUCCCCUCCCCUUCUCCCCCCUCACCGCCCCAUGUGAAUCCCUGGUCGGAGACACAAGGACAGCUUGUUCUCGGGAGGAAGUCAGAUUUAGCCUUUUCCAAAUUGUGAGGGUGUUCCAGUUUACGUUUGGAGUCUCGUACGGAAGAGAGAGAGCAAGAGGGGGAAGAACAGGGCUCAUCUGACAGGGACAGAUAUGUCUGGAGGCGAGCAGUUUAAUUAUCAGGAGAACAUCACCAAGGAGACCAGAAGAGCACAGCGGAUUAGUUAAAGGGAACAUUACAGCUUGAGAGUCGAUUGAGCCUGUGUAGCUGUGAAAUUUGAAAAGACUGGAUGCAUCACACAGCGGAACAGUUUGGAGUGCGCAGUGCGCGAGAAACUUUCCCGAUCGACAGCCUGAGCCGAGCUGGGGGAGGGUGGAACCCAGGCCCCCAGCGACCAUGGCCCCCGAGCAGCAGAUGCUCCGCCAAUGUUGGUCAGAACCAGUAUAACUCAUAUCCCAGCCACAUGACCAGUGUCGGACACUCUGGAAAGCCGUACUGUCCCUCUGGGUCUCCCCGGCCGCUGCAUGGUAAGCUGGACGGGAUCCACAGCUGCGUGCAGGCCCUCCUGCACGAUCAGCCGCAGCCCCGAGUCUGGGAGCAGCUGGGUCAGAUCUACGAGUCUGAGCAUGAGUUGGACGAUGCCAUCAAGUGCUACCAGAAUGCGGCACGGUACAGCAGCGGCUACGGUUACAGUGACCUCGUGGCCAGAAUUAACCACCUGCAGCAGGCCCACGUCUGGAAGUUCCACUCCAAUCCCUCCCAGAGGACCCUGCCGGCUCUACAUGAUGUCUGGAACAUUCUGCAGCAAAAGAGAAAUUUCAAUUCAACCAGAAAUGGCUGUCAGCUGAAAAGAGCAGCCGUGCCUGGCGAACACUGUUCCCAGCCUCCCACCCCCUCUCAUCACCAAGUGACCCGACCUUCCCACGGCAGUGAAAUCCCAAGCCCGGUCAAACGGAGGCGGAGUGGGAGCCCGGACCAGAUACAGAACCACCAGGGUCGUCAUUCAGGAGCACAGCAAGCGAGCGACCCAACUCAUCCCAGUUUACCUUCCAAUGGCCAGUACCCGGCACAGAAAGCGAGUCCCUCGUGGCCCCAAACGCACAAGGAUUCCUGGACAUACGGGAGGAAGGAGUUCAGCCUCGGUCUUCAGGAACAGAGGAGGUCAUCCUCCGACACCCCCCCUCACAGCAGCACCUCCUCGUCUUCCUCAUCCACCCCCCAUAGCAAUCCCAACAUCCGUCCUGUCACCAUGGCGACAGCACCCCCCCAACAACAGUCUCUGUCCCAGCAGCCGUGCACGAGGGCUGAGGUGAAGCAGACGGCGUUGCUGAGGCGGAAGGCAGAUGGUGGGCAGUCCCCCAGCAAACUGGCACAGCCGACAAGGUCAGGGGGCACCGAGCACUGGAAGCCGCAGCAAAGUCCAGGCUCCUCAGGCCUCACCGCGCUUCCCCACAGUUUCCAGAAUCCACAAGGCAGUUCCCUGGGCCCAACAGGGCAGCUGGAGCGAGUGUCCCAGAGUCACCAGGAGAGUGUGCAUCGCCCAGGUGCCCCAGUGUCCCCCAGCGUCCCACAUUGUACCCGUUACGGCAGCAGCUCCCCUAAAGGGACUUGGUGCAGCCCCCAACAGGAGCCUGGGGAGAACGGCCAGGAAACAGAGCCCUGCGGCUGGGCUUCACCCACUGGCUUGGCCCAGCCUGGAUCAGAGGGGCAGCCACCUUGCCAGGCAGUACCUUCCAGGGAGGAGGAGCGAGGGCAUGUGGCGACAGUUCAGAGUUCUACCCCAGACCCUCCGACCGCCUCGGAGCUGGGCUCCAGGGCAGAGCUGAGACCCACUGCCAGCCCCUGGGAGGGUGAGGGCAUCGGGGGGUCAGCCUGCUCCGGCCGUGAGGCCCCACCUCCAGCCGUGCCCCCCCACCAUCGGGAGGCCGGUUGGGCCCCCCAGCCCCGCAUGCCCCCCCUCUCUGGGCCCCACCGCACCCGCACGGAUGAAAACCAGGGCCUGGAGCAGGGGGGGCUACCCGCUGAGGCCCACCCCGCGGCACCCACCCGAGGCUUCACCUCUCCCCCUGGCCUGGCCGAGACCCCCAGCUCCAAACCGGUGCCUGAGGGCCGCUGGCUUCCCAAACCCCCUCCCCUGACUUGCGCCCUGUCCGGGAGGCCGGCUCCUCCCCCUCCCCCUCCCCCGAGCCCCCGGCCGGCACCAUGCCCUUCCUCCGAACCCCUGGCCAAGGGCCCGGCCACCCCCCCAGACGGCGAGAUGUGGAUCAAGGCCGUGUUCACCACCGAGGCCCAGAAGGGGAAGGCCAACGGUGCCCACCGUCACCUCCACCGUCACCGGCGCUGGCCCUCAGCCCAGGAGUCGAGCGGGGAGGCCAUGGAAACAUCAGGCCCCCCCAGCCAGGCCGAGCCAGGCCCCCUGCCGCCUCCGGCUGGGCACCGGGAGGAGCAGCGCCGGCAACUCGAUCCGCGAGGGAAACACUCGAGCCGGGAGAGGAGCCGGAGGCGGAACCGGGGCGGCCGGUCCGGCAAGGGCAAGCAGAGGCGUAUCCUCGGGAACAUCGACCUGCAGAGCAAGGAGAUCCUGGCCCGCCACACACUCAAGGCCGAAGGGCCCAAGGGGGUGAAGGCCGCUCCCCCGCCCCCAGCCCCUGAGGAGCCCGAACGGGCUGACUCUCGGAGGCCAGAGGUGGUGCCACUGACGCCGAUGCCACCUCCUGCUGCCAAAGAGCCAGAGGCCGGGCCGAGGAGCACCUCCAACAUCCUGAGGGUCAAACCUUUCCCGGAGGGCACCACCAAGGAGCUGAAGAUCAAGCUGGUCAAGGUGGAGAGCGGAGACCGCGAAACCUUCAUCGCCUCGGAGGUAGAGGAGAAGCGGAUUCGGCUGUCAGACCUCACCAUCGAAAACUCCGGAGCAGAAAUUAUCCGUGCCUGCAAGUCCACGAAGCUAAAGGGGAAGUUCAUGAGUUCGUUUGUGUUGCCAGCACAUUCAGUGAAGCCAGGCUGCCUGACAGAGCAACAGGCCGUCCGUGAUAAACUCAACCCUCCGACGCCCAGCAUUUACUUAGAGAGCAAGCGAGAUGCAUUCUCACCUGUACUUCAGCAGUUCUGUACAGACCCGAAGACACCAAUCACUGUGAUAAGGGGCCUAGCUGGAUCUCUCCGUUUGAAUCUGGGCCUUUUCUCAACGAAGACGCUGGUGGAAGCCAAUGGGGAGCAUACGGUCGAAGUCCGUACACAACUGCAGCAGCCCUCAGAUGAGAACUGGGACCCUUCGGGAGGCAACCAGACCUGGCCGUGCGAGAGCAGCCGUUCCCACACCACCAUUGCCAAGUACGCCCAGUACCAGGCCUCGUCCUUCCAGGAGUCUCUGCAGGAAGACAAGGAGAGUGAUGAGGAUGACGGGGAGCCUGAGCCAGAGAAAUGCACUGAAGUUCCAGAGACAGUCCACAGGAACGGACAGAAGGUACCACUGAAGGUCAUCAAAUUCGGGACCAACAUCGAUCUGUCGGACCCGAAACUCUGGAAGCCGCAGUUACAGGAGCUGCUGAAAUUACCAGCAUUCAUGCGUGUCUCGUCGAAUGGGAACAUGUUGAGCCAUGUGGGACAUACCAUCUACGGCAUGAACACUGUGCAGCUCUAUAUGAAAGUUCCAGGUAGCCGAACUCCAGGCCACCAGGAGAAUAACAAUUUCUGUUCAGUGAAUAUUAACAUCGGUCCUGGGGACUGCGAGUGGUUUGCUGUACCAGAGGCUUACUGGGAAACCAUCAGUGAGUUUUGUGACAGGCACAAUGUCGACUACCUGACAGGGUCAUGGUGGCCAGUCCUGGAUGACUUGUACGCAUCCAAGAUCCCCGUUUACCGCUUCAUUCAACGGCCGGGAGACCUGGUCUGGAUCAAUGCCGGUACGGUGCACUGGGUACAGGCAACCGGAUGGUGUAACAACAUCGCCUGGAACGUGGGCCCCCUCACUGCCUAUCAGUACCAGCUCGCUCUCGAACGAUACGAGUGGAACAAAGUGAAAAAAGUGAAGUCGAUUGUACCCAUGAUCCACGUCAGCUGGAAUGCAGCUCGCACUGUUAAAAUCACUGACCCCGACCUGUACCGAAUGAUCAAGUUCUGCCUGAUGACCUCUCUGAAGCAGUGUCAGCUCCUGCGGGAUUCACUCACCAACAGCGGCAAGAAGAUCAUCUUCCAGAGUCGGGUCAAGGAGGAGCCAGCGUAUUACUGCAAUGAGUGUGAGCUGGAGGUGUUUAACAUCCUGUUUGUGACGAGUGAGAACAGCAGUCGGAAGUCCUACAUAGUGCACUGUGAGGAGUGUGCCCGUCAGCGAACCCCCCCAUUGCAGAAUGUGGUCAUCCUGGAGCAGUACAAGAUUGAAGACCUGGUGCAGGUCUAUGACCAUUUCACUUUGGCGCCUCAGUCUAGCUCCUCCAGAUGACGAGAUCUUCAAAAGCCAUACCAAAUGCUUCUCACUGUUUGAGGUUCCUCUCCAGUCCAAUGGCACUGCAACCCUCUGUCCCCACCAAACACCCCUGCCAUGGACUGUCCAACCAGCGACCGGGCUCGCCCAAUCACUAUGCGGAUCUUUGCAUCAGCCAAUCAACUAUGUGUUUACUCAACCUUAUCAUCAGCAGCUGCAGCUGCUGAUUGGCCGCACAAGGUGGAACAACAAGAUGGCCGCCUCCUCAGGUGGAACAACAAGAUGGCUGCCCCUCCCCUUCCCCGCAUUUGGCGACACCGAGGCGGCCAAUUGGCAGUUAAUUUUCUUGAACCUCUGUCACUUGACAUUGCAGCAAAUACCACUUUGGCCUUCGAAGAUGGGAAGAGGAAGAGAAAGAAAAUGGAAUUAAAAAUAAACUUUUUCCUAUCAAAAAAAAUGUAAGCAUUAAGAAGUGGUUUUGGAUUGCUAAAUACGGGUUAUAGCAAGAAUUAUUUUUGUUGUAGCUUCUUGUAUGUGUUUCUAUGUAUGGUGUCACUUUAAUUUAGACAUACGAUCCCACAGUGAAAUUUCCACAUUUUAAAUUAUCAAUCACAUCAUCAUUCAAAUUACCUCCAUUUUUUAAAAAGUUUUUUUUCUAAUGUACAGUUUUGGUUUUAUUUAUGAAAUUCUCUAUUUAUUCACUCUAUUUGUCUCCCCUAAGGUUUCACAUUUUUAAAAAUUGUUUUGUUAAGGAAAAUGCUUCUAACUACAAGGUUGGUGUGCUAGACUUUGUCUGUCUGUCUCAUGCUCUCACGCUUUCUCAUUCUGUCUCUCACUUUCUGCUCUCUCUUUCUUUCUCUCUCUCUCUGUCUCUGACUGUGUCCCUCUUUGUCACAUCUAUCUUCUCCCCUUUGGCAUCUCCCUCCCUUACCCCAUUCCCCUAGCCUCUCUUCCAUUGUUCCCUGUCCCUCUAUCUCUUAUUUUGCCUUGUUGUUUGUGUGUCUGUCUGUCCCUCUCUCUGUCUCCUGCUGUCUUUCCCCCCUUUUCUUCUGUUCCUCACUGGCCUUGCCUUUAUUCCAUUCCCAGGUGGUUAGGAGCAGCUGAGAACUCAAUAUGAGUGAGUUUGUUUUCCUGAAUUGUGUGCUAUUUUAAUUCUAAUUAAAAUUUUGCUCGGGGCUUUUUUAAGAACACGAGGUUACGUUUUAAGACGGAGUUGGAGGGUAGCUUUUUUUUGUUUUUUUUUGGGUUUUAUGAUGAGAAUAUUGUUUUGGAGUUGACUGCACUGUUUGAGACAAACUGAGCCAGAACUGUCUUAACUUUGUGAAUUUGUGUGACAUGAAUAAUAAAGCUUUUGAUAAACUUUA